AAUAUAAAAAAUAUUCAGUACGUGAGCACCUUUGCUUUAGGGGUACGCGAACUAUUCUUUGAGCCCAACAAAUAAAUCUCUAAGACCCGAGUAAUAGAAGUUUGGGUUUGCUUGCUUUGGGCUCUCUAGGUUUCGGCUUUCGGUUAAGCAAUUGAUUGCCAAUUCGGAGCUGGAAAUUGUAUACACAGUUAUAAAGUCGGUUGCCUCUCUCAAAAAGAGUAAAAUUUUGGUAGAGAAAGUGAGCGAGAAUCCAUCCAUGGAAUCAUCAAAUCUGGGUUCAGUCCCUGAGGAGACCCUCGAAGAGCAGCACCAACAAGACAGCAGCAAGCCGGUUUUUUCUGCCUUUGCCUCGCGUCCUGAUCGCCCUCCAACUCAGAGUUCUUCUCAAAAAUACUCACCUCUUGAUUGGGCGGCCUAUUUUGAUCGAGAGGAAGAUGUCUGCAUAUCAGACUCAAAUGAUGUCUUUCAUUUAUAUAUGGCAGGAAAAGAAGGACCAGUGGUUUUUUGUCUACAUGGGGGUGGCUAUUCUGGGCUCUCAUUUGCUCUGUCAGCUGGUAAAAUUAAGGAGAAGGCUCGAGUAGUUGCCAUGGACCUUAGAGGACAUGGAAAGUCAUCCACAGAAAAUGAUCUUGACCUAUCUAUUGAGACUAUGUGUAAUGAUGUUUUUGCUGUUUUGAAUGCAUUGUAUGGAGAUUCGCCUCCUGCAAUUGUGCUUGUUGGCCACAGCAUGGGAGGCUCCGUCGCUGUGCAUGUUGCUGCUAAGAAAACAUUGCGUAGUUUAGCUGGCUUGGUGGUUGUGGAUGUUGUAGAGGGAACAGCGAUGGCAUCAUUAAUUCACAUGCAGAAAAUCCUCUCCAACAGGAUGCAGCAUUUCUCAAGCAUUGAGAAAGCAAUUGAAUGGAGUGUUAGAGGAGGUUCAUUAAGAAACAUUGACUCUGCUCGUGUAUCCAUUCCCACCACUUUAAGCUAUGAUGAUUCAAAGCAAUGUUAUGUCUACAGAGCACGGUUGGAAGAAACUGAACAAUAUUGGAGAGGCUGGUAUGAAGGCCUUUCAGAAAAAUUUCUAUCUUGUCCUGUUCCAAAGGUCUUAUUAUUAGCCGGAACUGACAGACUGGACAGUAGAGCUCUCACAAUUGGUCAAAUGCAAGGCAAGUUUCAAAUGGUGGUUGUGAGACAUACAGGGCAUGCUAUACAGGAAGAUGUACCUGAUGAAUUUGCUACUUUGAUACUCAACUUUAUAUCUCGUAACCGCAUUGGCCCUCAUGGAGUCGAGAUCCCAGGACUUGGUUGGCGAGCACAGCCACGAUCUUGAAUUCUAUGGCCUUACCUUUAAAUUUUUGCAAUUUCUUUUCUUUUCAUUUUAAUUUUAAUUCUAAUUUUGUUGAAACACUGGAUUUUAAUUUCUGCCUUUUUUUUUUUUUUAAUAAUAAUGCCUAUAUACUGAAAUGAGGCCUCUGGUCUAUAGUGGAUGUUGAGAAAUGAAUUGAGGUUAAAUGGUUUUUU